AUGCCUCCGGACGACGACUUGUCCGAGGAUUCCAGCUCGCGCGACACUCGAACAGACGAGGCCGACGCUGAGGGUGUUUGGAGUGUAGACAUCGAAGAGGCUUUCAAAGAGGCUAUGGACAUCUAUCCUCCGUGCGGUCGUCGAAAAAUCAUCCUCAGUGACGAAGGCAAAAUGUACGGUCGCAAUGAGCUCAUAGCACGGUACAUCAAGCUACGCACCGGUAAGGCGCGAACGAGGAAGCAAGUGUCCAGUCACAUUCAGGUGCUCGCUCGUCGGAGAGCCCGUGACUUCCAGUCGAAAAUGAAAGCUUCCGGGGCGAACAACGCGCCCACCGACCCAACCACCAAUAUCAAAGCCGGGGUGAUGCCCUCGACGUCGGCUGGCGUUGGACUCGGUGGUGUCGGCAGUGUAGCGAGCGGUGUCUUGCCGUACCCAGGUCUGAUGGGCUAUGCGCCCGGUUUGUGGCCCACGGCGUCCUCGUUGGACAUCAAACCGUUCCAAUGUGGCACAGAUCCGACGGAACUCUUGAAACACGAACAGCAAACACCGUCUGCGAUCAUGUCCAGCAUGCGACCUCCUUCGCCCAUGAACUCCACUAGGAUCAGGAGCUCGAAAUUGAAACUUUGUAAAUUUUCGGCAUUCGUUGAACCGCGCCUGAGCAACAGCAACAACAAUAAUAACAACAACAAUAAUAACAACAACAAUAACAAUAAUAACAACAAUAACACAAACUCCAACGGAAGCGCCAACAGUACGAUUAGUGAGGACGAAACUAAGAGCCACCUGUUCGUUCAUUUAGGACCGUCCCCGCACGAUCUAGGUUCGCCCUUAGAAGCCAUUGAUAUCCGCCAAAUAUAUGACAAAUUCCCUGAUAAGAAAGGCGGUCUCAAAGAAUUAUUCGACCGCGGCCCGUCGGACGCCUUUUUCUUGGUCAAGUUCUGGGCCGACCUUAACACUGGCAGCAUAACGGAUGACCACGCCGAAUACGGAGUAACCAGUGUCUACGAAUCGCCUUUCAAUGAUACCAUUGUGUGUUCCACAAAAGUCUGCUCUUUCGGCAAGCAGGUGGUGGAAAAAGUCGAGACCGAAUACCCACAUCUCUGCACGGACUCGCACCAAUAUAUAUAUUGUGUAAAAUCGGCGAUGUGCGAGUACGUCAUCAAUUUCAUUCACAAACUCAAGCGGCUUCCAGAGAAGUACAUGAUGAACUCAGUGCUAGAAAAUUUCACAAUCUUGCAAGUCGUUUCCAAAAGAGACACUCAAGAAACCUUACUUUGUAUUGCAUACGUGUUUGAAGUGUCCUCGGCCGCGCAUGGAACUCAGCACCAUGUAUACCGUCUCGUCAAAGAGUAAUAAUAAUUUAAGGGUAAAAUCGUCGCCAGAUGAGAGGCUAGGAUUCCCUCACCCGCAUUCCAUCCAUACAUCACGACGAAUCAAUCAUGAAUUAAACAAUCAACAUUAAUCAUCCAUCCAUCCUUUCAUCCACCAUCCAUCCAUCCAUCCAUCCAUCCAUCCAUCCAUCCAUCCAUCCAUCCAUCCAUCCAUCCAUCCAUCCAUCCAUUCAUCCAUUCAUCCAUC